AUGAACAACUCUCCAGAUGUUGGCAAGCGUACGUGAGUUGUAUAUAUACAACUUCAUACAGUUCCAGGAUUUCUAAAAACUCAAAUAAUAUAAGAACAGCGGCGAAAUUUUUUUUUUAAUAUUCAAUUGGAGCGAAGUAUGCUUUUUGCCUCUUUGAAAAUCUCAUUAAUAGGUUGUGAUCGUACUAAAACAGGAUAUUCGAGAUUGAAUUAUUUUUUAUAGACACAGAAAGCGCCGUCCGACAACACAACGACAAAAAUUAGGGAAAAAAGCUUCCAAAUGCGAUGUUCGCAAUCGAAGCGUUUUUAUGUAAUUGAUAACUUUUUCAGACUCAAGCUUCCGACCGUGGUUCGAAAGCAACAACGGUCGAUGAAGAAAGCAGACCUAAGGAGAGAAAGAAAAUAGAGGUUCCUAGCUUAAUUAUGUUUAAAAGGUGAUUUCUGAGAACGAAAACUAUCAACUUGAGUGAUUCGAAAAAUAAGCUGAUUACCCUAAAUUAUGAGAGCAAGUGUCCUUUUUGUAUUUACUCAGAAAUCGCUUUGAACAUUUAAAAGUUCGUUGUGUUUGGCGUGUUCAUUGAAAACGGAACAUGUUUCGAAACGGAAAAAAACGUGUUCAUCGGCACAUUAAAGUUGCUCCAAAAAAGUUCUAAUUUUUGUUUUGGAGCAGAUUUCUUGCGUUUCAAAACAAUUUUCGUAUUUUCCGAUGAACACGCCUUCACCCAGUUUCGUGGACUAUAUCGCAGCGAGAGUGGCGCGACAUAGCAGCGACAUAUCUCGCUGCCAUCUCGCUCAGCUCUAGCAAACUCCCGGCGCGAUAUCGGCGCGAGGUCGCGGAUUAUCGAUUGGUCACUAUUUACGUGCCAUCAAAAAUUUUUACUUGAAUUGUUUAAUUUUUUUUCGUGUGUUAUAUUCUCUCUGAUUUUUAUGUCUAUUUUUUUCACUUAAUAUUUCUAAAAAUGUUAAUUUUACAACUAAUGUAACGCUCAUACAGUACCGUCAGAAGAGGAAAAAUAUUUUUCGCUCACAACUUCCUAGGAAACGAGCUCGUAUAGAGCUCAAUCUUUCUGAAACUUUUUCAGCUGUGUUUCUAAGUUUUCACCACGGUGUUACAAUCAACAGUCAUCAUAUUUCCAGAGAGUUUCAAAAGGGUGAAAUCCCAUUAAAGAAAGUUGUGAUUUAAAAAAAGCGUUUUUUUGUAUAUAUUUUGACGGCACUGCACACCUUUCUUGAAUUUGAAAGUCCUUUUUUUCGCAUUUUUCAUGUUUUAACCAAUAAUUUCAGGUUAUUAGUACUUCAAAAAAACAUCUAACAUUUUUUUCGAUCAAUAAAAAGUCAAGAAAGAUCCGUGGGAGAUGGCACCGAAACUUUGCUUUUUGGAUACAAUCAAUAAGAUUCUUGGUAAACUAUUUUUUUGAAACAGUAUAUCCAUUUUUUUGCUUGAAGAUAUGAUUUGCACUUUGGCGUCGAUGGGUAAGGAAAAAGAAGAAAUGAGGCAUGAUUUCGAGAAAGCACGAACUGCUGUCUUGAUACAGUCGCUCCUGUGAGUUAUUCUCUUAUUCAAGGUUGGACUUUUUUUCAGUAUUUCUCUUUUUUUACCGGUUUUAUCAUUUAGAAAAGUUCUUGACGCAGCAAAUGAAGGAUAUGCCGAAAAACUAUCAAGUCAAAGCUUACAGUAACAUUUUUUUAAAGGGAACUUAGGGUCAAUCUGAUUGUUUAGCUUAAUUUUCUUUUUUUCAAAAACUUCUUUCAUUUUCAUUUCGAGCCUCCCUCCUUUAUUUUUCUAAUUUGAACUUUUUAAAGAUCAUCUACGAGCUUACAAUCGGUUUACUUUUUCUGUUUUUUUAUUGAAACUACUCUUUUCCUAGUCACAUUUUUUUUCCUAUGAAAAAUAAACGAUACACAUGUUUUUCCUCAUAUUGUCCUUUUUUUAUUCUUACUUGAAGCUUCACUCUUUCGCCUCAAUUCAAUUUUUCUUCUUCAGAUUUGUACAUACUUUCAGUUUACUUCGAAUUCGAAAAAUGUAUCAUCAAUUAUUUGGAAAUUUCUUUAAUGCUCUCAAGUUUUCAUUUAAAUAUAUUGUUUAUAUUAAAUAAAAAAAGUAAAGAAGGUUGAUAAAGACCGAUAUGUUAUCAUGUACAACCCAAUAAAAAGUAUGAAGCAUAGAAAGCAAAUCAAGAAAAAGCCCAAUCGAGCUAAAAAAAUUUUUUUUUGAAAGAGCGACAUAGCAGCGAGAUGUGAGCGACCUUGCGCCGAGAGGCGAGCGAUAUAGCUCGCGGCUCCCCCGCGAUAUAGCGUUUCUCUCGCUGCGACCUCGUCCGUAAAACUGGGUGUUUAAAUAAUUCAGUGAAGCAAUUUGGGCUGCAGAUUUGAAUCACGUCGAAAGCGCUAACCAAGAUUGCAUGGCGUCAAUGAAAUGAAAUUAAAAAUUUUUUUAAAAUCAAUUUUAAUUAAUAAAUAAAUUUAUGUGAAUAUUUUUUUCUCCUUUACCUGACUUUUUCGCGUUCGAACAGAUGUUUGUGAGAAGUUAAACUAGAAUUAAAAAAAAUUAUUUUACAGAAACCUCUGACAACAGACCAGCAAAAAGCUUUCGAUUGCAUGCUAAACUUUGUGAACACAACUCUCGAAAGAAGUUGGAGCCAUUCUAGCUGUUCAGUUUUACUUGAAGUGUUAUAGGAAAUGAAGAUAUUCUCAAAGAAUACGAAGAAAUCGCAAAAAUAACGCCAAAGGAAAGCGAAUGCUCAGCUUUCUACAAAAAUUUGGAGAGAAAUCGGUGUCAGGUGGGAAAUUUCAGAAAUUUUUCAACUGCAACGUUUUUUUUCCAUUUUUCUUCGUCCAUUUUAAUUUAAAGACUGUCUUGUUGCUCGAUUCUACACGUGUAGUUUUGGAAUCACCUACAGGCGAUUAUAUUCAUGCAAGUCGAGUUACACUACCCCAAGUGAGUCUAUUGAAAAAGAAAAAAAGGAAUUAUUUUUCAACUUAAAAAGUUAUAACAAAAAAACAAGGACUUCUUCAGUUCAAUCGUAAAGUGAUUGCGGCCCAGCUUCCUCUUUCUGACUACAUUGAAGAAUUUUGGAGAAUGAUCUUUCAGGUUUGGUUCCAUAUUUUGAAAUAUUUAAACACAUGCUUCAGCCUCAAUUUUUGAAAUAAAUACCAGUACUGACUUCAACCGAACGCAAUGCAAACUUUUUUUAUUUAUACUUUAAAAAAAUAAAGUGUAAAGGAAUGUUUUUAAGGAAAAUCCAAGAAAAAUUAAUCGUUAAUUUUGCCGAAGGAUUUAGUUCAGCUUUCAAACUUGAUUUUUCAGGAAAAUUGCUCCUUGAUGGUCUUGCUUGGUCGUGGGAAAGAGGAAGCUGAAGAGUUUAUGAAAAUCUUACCGAAAAAUAAUGGCGAUUACAAAUAUUUCGGUACCAUGUUUGUGAAUAUUAGAAAGGUGAGUAAGGAGUAAACGUUUCGAGAUGAAAGUGCUGAUAGCUCUAUAGUUGAACAGUUUUGUUUCUUUUUUCACUAUAGCUGAUUCACGGCUGGCUUAAGCCAUCGAAAAAAGGGUCCUGACACGAUAAGAAGAGACAGUGCCUGGUUGGUGGAGAGCGCAGGCAGGCCACGCCCCCUCAGCUUCUCAAGUUAGCCGUGAAUCGGCUAUAACAACUUUUCACAAAUUUAUCAUGUGCUCUACACACUUUUAACUUAAUUGAAAUUUUUUAAAUCGUAGUUAUCAUUUUUCGAGCCGCUCCAAAUGCGGCCAUUACGAAAAAUACAAAGUUCACUCUUUACUUAUUGAAACGCUGCGAUCGCACGUAGAAAGGCUCGUUGCGUUGCGGUCGUGAAGCUUACAUUAUAGAGCGCUUUACAAAAAAAAACCCUUCGAGCUUAAGCUAUGAAAUCCUCAGUUGAACUGCAGCGCGACCUCUCAAUCCAUCCCACGUGCGAUCAAAGUAACGAGUCGUAACAAUUUUUUUUUUACAUUUCUAUAGUAAAAGUUUGUAAAUUUUUUCCUCGCAGAUGGAGCGACAAUAUGACAAAAAGGUUGAUCUUGACAAGGAGAACGAGAGAGAAAAUGUAAUUCAUUUUUUUGUUUUUUGUUCUCAAUAUGCAUGAAUUUUAAGCUCGAAAACGUGACAUCGAUCACGAUGAGCGUGGAAGUGCUACCUGAUGGAUGCAGUAAUUCUAUCUUCUGCAAGGUUCUUCCUUUUUCUUCUAUUUUAAUCUUGUCUUUUUUCACCGAUAGGCUUCAGCUCAGAAAGAAAAGUGAAACCAGCUUGAAAAUUUAAGGAAAAUUUGCUGAGGUUGCUUGUAGGGUACACUGAUCAUGAACGAAAAAGAAACCUUCCUUCGACCUGAUUAACAAGCUUGAGCGAUCGAAAAAAGGGUCCUGACACGAUAAGAAAAGAGAAAGCGCCUGGUUGGUAGAGAGCGCAAACAGGCCACGCCCCCUCAGCGUCUCAAGUCAACCGUGAAUCGGCUAUACCGUUUAGAGCACAUUCCUGCGUUGAAAUGUGAAAAAAAACCAUCCAUGUUUCAUGAAAUUCUCAAGCUGGGGCUAUUUUUACUCCUUUUUUUUCAAAAUGAAUCUCUGAAGUACUGUGAAGUGAUUUUUUCAAGGUUCUGAUGCAACUAAACUGGGGAGUAAUGAUUGCGCCGCAGGGAAAAGCCGCCCCCCUCGCCACUUCUGCGGAGAUUUUAGACCGGAAAGAGGUUUUCUACGAGAUUUUUUACUCACAAUAACUUUGAAGCAAUUUUUUUUGAGCAGUAUUGAGGCCAGUUUUAUGUCACUUCACGCAGCGUAAACGUGCGGGCGUAAAUGAGUUUCCACUAGGAAAUAUUUUUUGUGAUCCAUAUUCAACAAGAUUUGCAUAUUUGCGAAAAUUUUACCUUCUUUGAACUCAUUUACGCUGUGUAAACGCUGAUAAUAUGCUCUCUGGUUAGGAUAAACUUAAGAUCAAAGUCGCACGACUUUUUAUUUUUAAGGAAUAUGAAGUUUUAAUUUUUCAGACAGGGACAGUCUGUGUGGUGAGUAUGGAAGGGACUGGGCGAGCUGGAACUCAGUUGGCAAUCGUCGCCGCCAUGAAUCUUGUCCAGAAAGGAAUUACCCCGGAUGUAAGGACUUCUGUACCAGUCAAAUCUUGAAGAUCAGAAAGCUUCGAAUUGUCUUGAAAAUAGAUAGAAAAGAAAUAGCCAUCCCUCUCUGAGAAAUCUGAUUUUUCUUUCUUUCUAAAUACCUGCCUUGAAACUUUGUAUUUUUUGACAUCCCUCGUUUUUUAUUUCAAAAUGUUCAUGAAAUUCAAGAUUCGCGAAAUCGUAACAGAAAUUCGGAAAUCGCGUGCCUUCGCCGUCGAAUCAUCAGUACAGUAUGCGACCGUCUUCCAGGCCGUUCUGUACUACGCUACCGUAAUCCUUCUGAUAGCAUACUGUAUUUACAGUACCCCUGUUUAGGCCAAAUUGAAGCGACAAUCAGUCCGGGAACGCGUCACACAGUUCCAGCAAGGGUGGUACAUUGUCAACCCCAUUGCGAUUUCUCGAUAA